CCUGGUGGAGCAGACGAGGGGCUGACGGUGACCAUCUGAGUCCUCAUCCCGUCCCACUUGAGAACAGUGGUAAAAUCACCUCCCAUGUGACUAUUAUUAUGCUUGGAUUCCUCUUCGACUUUGUUGCUGGGUUAUGGCAGUCCAUACUUGCAAUGUUUGGCUUUGGCAGAUCCCAGCCUGCUGUUUCAGACAGGCUUGAAGUCUUUGUCCGGACCAACACUGGAGAAAAGGUUUCUGUUUGCCUUGACCCAUCAUGGACGGUGGAACAGAUCAAAACUACACUAGCACCUAAACUUAACAGUUCCUACCAAGAUCUAAGAAUUAUAUUUGCUGGGAAGGAGCUGCCCAAUGAAAUGGUAAUCCGUCAAUGUGAUCUUGGAAAUCGAAGCGUCCUUCAUGCUGUGAAAGUGGUGUCUAAGGAUAAUGAUGGUAAUACACUGAAGAGCAUAGCCUCAACAUCUUCUGGUGCUGUCGCUAAGUUGGAAUAUAUGAAUGAAGACCCAAAAUCUACUGGAACGAUUGAAGCUGAAGAGGAGACUGAAAAAUCAGUAAAAGAAUCACAGAAUAAAGCGAUUCAAUCAUCAAGUUCUUACCCUGAAAAAUCAGCAGUGAAGGAAACUAGAGUUGAAGAUGGUGGAGCAGCCAUGUCACCAUCACAACCGACAGAACCUCCUCCACCAGGCAUCAUGCAAACAGGGAGUUGUGGACGGCUUCUUUGUGAUGCCUCUACUGUCAUGACCAUACAGAUGACUGAGGCAGAACAAAAGACCAUUCGUGACCUGAAGACCUAUGAUGGAUCAGGCGAGCGUCCCCACUUUUACGUAUAUUGUGUAAGACCGUGUAACUCAGUCCAAGUGGGAAAAUUACGGGUACGAUGUGCAUCUUGUAAACAAGGUGCUUUGACCCUUCACCGUGACCCAUGCAACUGGCAAGAUGUUCUCAACCCAGGGCAGAUCAGUGCUACCUGUGAGACUUUAGGCUGCAAUGGUUCCAAGGCCGAAUUCUUCUUCAAGUGUCGGGGCCACGAAACAAGUGGAGAGGAUGACACUUCUGUGGCCCUGUACUUGGUUCGUGCAAAUCUUCCAGCUAUUCCCUGCCUGGCUUGUACAGAUGUUUCUCAUCCUGUUGUUGUAUUUGAGUGUGUAGAUGCUCAUGUAAUGUGCCUUGAUUGUUUUGUCACAUUUUGUGUAUCAAGACUUAGUGAACGACAGUUUAUACAAGAUCCAGAAUUAGGUUAUACUUUAUCUUGUCCAAUUGGUUGCCAGAAUUCAUUCAUUCGUGAAGUGCAUCACUUUAAGUUGAUGGGUGACAAUCACUAUGAGCGUUAUCAGCGAUGGGGCACUGAAGAAGCUGUAUUGGCAGUUGGGGGUGUAUUGUGCCCAUACCCAGGGUGUGGGCAGGGCAUCAUUCCGGACCAAGACUGUCGCAGAGUAGUUUGUAUGGGUGGUUGUGGCUAUGUAUUUUGCCGACUCUGCUUACAGGGGUAUCAUAUAGGAGAAUGUCAUCCAGAAGAUGGGAAUGGGCCUAAUUUUGCAGAAGGCAGUGGAGGGUUUGCUGUUGAUCCUUCCAGAGCUGCAAGCUCUCGCUGGGAUGAGGCUACAUCUGUGGCCAUCCGUGUCACUACCAAGCCUUGUCCUAAAUGUCGGACACCGACAGAACGUGAUGGAGGAUGCAUGCACAUGGUGUGUACACGUGGCUCGUGUGGCUUUCACUGGUGCUGGGUGUGUCAGACUGAGUGGACACGUGAAUGCAUGGCAGCUCACUGGUUUGGUUGAUUUAUCAAUUAUAAAAAAUCAAUUUUGGUGCAGCUGUGGGUAGAAAUGUGGGCUAACCCUUUAUUGGUAGUAUAUUUAUGUGGGCUGUCUGUCCAGGACGGGGUAUACUGUAUUUCAGUAUUGUACAUAGAAAAUGGAGCAAAUUUCAGAAGAUAAUGUUCAAAUAUAUGUAAUAUAUGUAGAACACACCCUAAAUGAGAUUUUUUUUUGGUAUCAUUAGAAAGCAGAAUCUUUUCUCUACAAAUUUAUAUUUAGUCAAAAAAUAUGAAAAAUAAUAAUUUCUUGGAAAGUCACAAUUUGAACUGGGGAGGAGGGUGGGUGGUGUCUGGACCGAUCCACCAGCGUCAUCAAAGUAACCAGACAACAACAACAGUCACGAGUGCACCCAAACAAUAGCGCGAAAAACCUAAACCUCAUAUUAUGAUGUCUGCCCCCUUUUACGCAUUUUCCUCUCAAACAUCAUAUGAAGUCUGCUGCGCUUUAAGGGUUAAGAGUCAGAUAUUAUUAAGUUAUUGCCAAUUAAUAUACUGUAUACUGUAAACUCAUUUAGGAAUACGGUAUACAGUCAGUUGUAUAUACAGAAAGGCUGCAAGAGGCUGUGCAGCAUCAGGUAACUACAGCUAACCCAUGCAAGUGUGGAAAUAGCUGGAAAAGUUGGUGAUACCUUGGUCUCCUCAUUUUGUUGCAUGUACAGUACAUAUGUACAGUAAAAUUAUCACUUUAUUAGAAAGAUAGUGUGAUUAAUUACUGUAUAUUGUAUACAUCUGUAUGAUGUGGGUGUUGUCACUCAUAAUUUUUAUUGUCAUACUGUACAGUUGUUUUCAUUAAUGCAGCUUAUGUGUCCCAUCCUUUGAAUACUGUCAUACAAUUUGCCGUUUUCCCUAUGUUGCAUUAGUUCCCUACAUUUCUGUUGUUCUUUUUCUAUUAUUUUUCCAUAGUCCCUAAUUCUUACAAUAAUAAUAAUAAUAAUAAUAAUAAUAAUAAUAGCUGGUCUUUUGUUUCUCAAAAGCACCAGUUCUUCUAAAGAAUUCACUAGCACUCGAAACACAACAAAGUCAAAGACUUGAAAAUAAAAAUAUACAUUCGGUACGUACUGUACUACAAUAAAAGAUCACAAAAAGUGACAGUACAACUUCUAUCUUUCAUAUCCCCUUAAGUUGUAAUACUUCCAAAAACUACAGUACUUACUCAUUUUACACUACCUCUCUUCGUAGCACAAGCAAGUUACAUUUUCUUUCUGCACUUGACAGCUGUACAAGCAUGUAUGAUUCUUUAGUAAAUAUUUCAAGCUGUGAUAAUGGAUUUUCAUUGGUCAAACAUGCAGAUAAUGUUGGGAGCCAUAUUGUUUGAGGAAAAUUCUUCAAUGGCAUUUCCUUGCUUUGAAUACAAAUAAAAAAGGGAUAUUUAGGAAGACAAAUGGCAAUUUAUUGGUAUACAUAUAAUGUAACAGCCAUUUAAUUUAGGCCAUUAUCAGUGGAACUAAUUUGUUAAGGCAACUUGAAAGAACAAAUUGCAGCAACUGAGGGAGAUUCUGUGUUACACUUGACUCUGACCACACUCUGUCAUUGCAAUAAAGGACUUUAUUGUACUUGUAGAAGUGGGAACAACAAGUACAGGGUAUGUGAAUGUGUGAGACAAUGGUAAUGAGGAUAACUGUAAAUGUUAAACUGUACAAAAAUAUUAGCUACAUUAUUUAUAUCCUGCUAACUAGUGUAUGUUAAUGAAGUGAAUGGUCAACUGACUUGAGUGUUAAGACUUGGAGACAGAGUUUAUAAGAAAUGCAAAGAAUAUUUGGGGAGUCAAAAAACGUAUGGAAUGUGAGGAAUGACUGAUGAAGCAGAGAGUUGACUAUUGAGCUGUUGUGGAUUCAGUAUAUAUUAUAGUACAGUACCCUGUUCUGUACUUAGAAUAAUCCCAAGGAAUGGGUGAACAUUUAGAGAAAGAUUGAGAAUAUGAUGGAAAGACAGAGUGAAGGAGUACAAGUCAUGGGGAUCGUGAUGAGGGAACAUGCAAAACAAUGAUAAAACUUUGGUAUUAAAACGAUUUUCAACAGCUACCAUGCAGAGGCCCAAAGUAUAAAAAUAUCUAAGUAACUUUUUGUUAUUUAUCUUCUGUUUCCAGUUUUUCUUGGGGUGAUAAAAGCCUUGAAAACCAAGAAAAGAGGAAAUAGUCAGGGAAAAUGGUGCAAAUUUUUUUAAAAAGAAGCAAGAAAAGGCUCAAAUAACAAGUACAAAUACUUCACACAUGCUUCUGUAUAUUGUAUCCUUAACUUGCAUACAGUUUGUCUUAUAUACCAGAGCUUCACAUUCAUAAAGAAGCCUUCUUCCACAAUUUACUCUUAAACACUUCUCCUUUAACAAUGUUAUCAGGUCAUCACUUGUUUUUCCUCACAGCAUUAUAGUACAGUAACUCGUACACACAUACAGUACUGGUAAAGAACGAUUGGAAAGAUCCCAACUCCAUGAAGCCUUCUUGCACAUUCUAUACUUACAGUACAGUAAUUAACUUCCAAUUUUCUGUUUUCAUCCAUCUGGCAUAUUAGUGUACUACAAAAUGCCUAAAUUAAUUCACAAACUCUCCAUUCAUAGAGGCACUACUCAUUUGACUCUCCUCUUUCAAGCAGUGUAACUGUCCCUUCUAGUAUCUUCCUUAAAUUUUCUUCUCAUAACUUACCAAAAUUUUAUACCUUUCUCCAAAUUUUCCUUAGAUCAGCUAAUAGCUUUUGUUACCAUUUCACAAUUGCAUUCUGCAGUCACACAUUCUAACUUACAUUUCUUGUAUUGGUCCACUUAUGAACACAGAUCCCUGACUUCACACUGCAAGGGUAGUAUAAAUGUGAUAACUUAAACCAGGGCCCAGCCAGCAUGUUGGUUUAGGGGGACCAACUUCACUGUACGUACUGGGUCAAGGAGAUUUGUUUACUACAUUUGGAUGAACUUGUCUACUGGUGUGAUUUCUGAAACCUAUUUUGAAAGGAAUUCGUGUGAAUCCAAAGGGAUUUUUGGAGUUGUUCAGCAUAAAGAUAAUGUGUCAGUAGUUUCUUGUACUUACUGGAUAACAAGUUUCUUCUAUUUUUGUUUUUCAGUGUGAGAAAAUGUGGAUAAUUUUUCUAGGAUAAUGAAGCUUUCUUGCUACACUGUCUGUUGUGGGGAUGCUGAAUGUCAAGGCAGAUAUAGUACAGGUACUCUACUGAGGUGUUGAGCCACCCACUGAUCUCCUUGCAAUGGCAGAUAAGCAUCUAAUCACAGUUUUUUUUUUUUCCCUAACUCAACAGGAAGGCUUUGUUGGGGUUUUUGCCUUUUCUAUAGAAUAAAAUAAAAUUUUCCACAUCUAUCUUUAAAUUUUACAGGUAUGUACAGUAUUGAAGAAACAGAAAAAUUGGGGGCAAAUAUUACUUUUGUGGAUCCUCUCUGACACUACCAGAUCUGGUUUCCUCUCCCUAUUCAGUUUAGUCUAUAACCAAUACAGACCAAUUUUCUGACUUCACAUCAGCAAGUUGGAAAUGAAAUGGCAUCAUGUUCUAUCCCUCAGUUUUAUAAGAUUCAUGUUGGACCUUCAGUUAUGAUUACCGAGAGCUUUGUCUUGGAAGAUUUUGCCACGGGAUUGUUGUAUUGUAUUUUAAUGAGAGAUUAGGUGCUUCUCACAGAUGAACAUAUUCCUUUAAUGUUAGGUUGUAGAAGUAUCAAGGUAGUAUUAAUCUUGUUUACCUUGAGCAACCUAUGUGGGAGGGGGUAUUUUAUCUUAAAUGUGAGUGGAUUGGUUCCCUAUCCAAAAGGCUUAUGGCUUUACAUGAUCCAUGAGACUCUGAGUCAUCAGGUCAAUAAAGCAUCUUGAUAUCCAAAACAAUACUAAUGAGUUGUAGGAAAUGGUGAGAUUCAUUUCCUUGUAUCCUUAAAAGUUACAUACAGAUCAACUCCCAAAAUGGGUGCUUUGUUUAGUCCCCCCCAUUGUUUUUUGAUGAAUUUGGCCUUCACUGUUCAGUGUUAGUGCAGGAGGGAAACUGGAGUUCUUUGAGAAAACCUGGGGUGUUUGGUUGGGUCACACUGGAUAACAUCCUAACUGGCUAUUGAACCCGGAAUGCAAUGAUGAAAGACAUGAACACUACCGUUGGACCACCAGCACUUGAAACCACCACCUCUCAUUUUGGAGCUGCUUUUAGAAAUUAUAAACUGUGUAGUUAAGGGGUUCAGUGCAGCCAUAGAUUUAGGAUUGACUAUGAAAUCCUAUUUUAUGGCUGGGCCCAUAAAUGCAUGACUCAGAUGCCCUUCCUCCUCCCACAAGAUGGUGUGAAGACAACUUGAACUGAAACACUUAGUGCCUGACAGCCCUCUAUGGCUAAACUGAAUCAUACAAAGUUCAAAAUGCUUGUCUACUGACAGUGUUAACAGCUUGUUGCUUCUAGCUUUAAAUGGUGAGCUGUUGCUUCUAAAGGUCUCUACUGGGACUUGGUUGUGAUGGAUAAACAAAACUAAGAGUUAAACCUGAAAUUACAACCCAGGACUCAAGGUUGUAAAUCUCAUUCAGCUUCGUACCAGGCUAAGGGUCCCCCCUGCACAAAGAGCCACUUUCCAGCGACUUUUUGUGGUGGGACAAAAAAGUGGCAGAUGAUAUUUUCCUAUCUCCACAAACGAGCCACUUUUUGUGGCGGCCACAUAUGGGCUUCCAUUAGCAGUGUCACAACAUGGACUUCGAAGAGGUGGUAUGUAUUUGUGCUCUACUGCUAAAAAAGAAGAGGGUAGAAACAUAAAAAAAAAAAACAGUACGGA